AUGAUAUAAUUGAGUGAUGGGGCUUCUUCUGUAUGGCAAAGAUUCUUAGAAUACAUAAAGGAUACAAAUCCACUUGAUUAUGAGAAGAUUAGCCAUUUUGUGAAAAUUAAAUUAAAAAGGUUUCCUACAGAUAAUUUCUUAAUUGAUUAUUACUAAAAUGUAUUUUCAAAGUAAAUAUUUACAUGAUGUUAAAAUAGUGUCACAAAUGGUAAAAAUAAAAAGAAAUGGCAUUAGAUGGACAAAUAUCUAUUAAUUUGGUGUGUAGCUAAACUAUUGUAAGUGUAACAUAGAACAAAUUUAAUUCCUGUAAAAAUUCAUUUUAUUUAGAAUGAAAAAGAUUGGGAUGUCCUUGCAGAACUUUUAUAAGUUGAUUCAUAAUUGAUAAAAGUUAAAUGGAUUUCAUUGUUGCAUUCUAAUCUUAGAAUUCAUUCAUGGACAAAAAAGAAGAUCAGAUCCUUAAAGAUAUAGCCUCGUAAAUCAUAUUUUUAUUAUUUAAAAGAUAAUUUUAUGUUAAAAAUAAUUGGACUGAGUUGAC